CGGAGAGGGCGGCGCGGGAGCGGCUUCCCCGCUCCGUGCGCCGGUACAGGGGCGGCGAGGCGCCGGCAUCCUCCGGUCGGUUGUUUCCGGUCGCCCGCCCGCCGCGCUGCCACUUUGUUCCGCCCUGCCGGUGGCCGUGAGGUCCCUCGUUAACCUGGUACCCGGCUUUCCUGCCCUGCUAUGACCGUGAAGGGUGGUUCGGCAUUCCCAUUCACACUCCUUAAGGUUCCGGUAGUGCGCUGACACCUUGACUCUGUUAUUUAAGUCCGUAUUCGGGAAAAGGAGGAACAAAAAAGAAAUAAAUUGCUCCCCAGGGAUGUGGUCACAGCACCAAUCCUGACACAGAUCACGGAGCGUUUGGACCACACUCCCAGGCCCGGAGUGGGAUUUUUGGCGUGUCCUGUGUAGGACUAAGAGUUGGACAUAGUGAAUCAUGGACCCCAGCUUGCUGAGGGAGCGGGAGCUGUUCAAAAAGCGAGCCCUCUCCACGCCGGCCGUAGAGAAACGCCCAGCACUCUCCUCGGACUCCUCUGCUUCCAAGAAGAAGAAAGCCAAGGUAGAACAAGGGGGCUCCUCCACCUCAAAGCAAAAUACAGAUCACAGCAAUGGAUCAUUUAACUUGAAAGCCCUUUCAGGAGGCUCUGGCUACAAGUUUGGAGUCCUUGCUAAAAUAGUGAAUUAUAUGAAGACCCGGCACCAGCGCGGUGAUACGCAUCCGUUAACCCUGGAAGAGAUCCUGGAUGAAACACAGCAUUUGGAUAUUGGACUCAAACAGAAACAAUGGUUAAUGAGCGAGGCUCUAGUCAACAAUCCGAAAAUAGAAGUUGUGGAUGGGAAGUAUGCUUUCAAACCCAAGUACAACUUGAAAGACAAAAAGGCUCUGCUCAGGCUCCUGGACAAGCAUGACCAGCGAGGGCUGGGGGGAAUCCUUCUGGAAGACAUCGAGGAAGGGCUGCCCAAUGCACAGAAAGCCAUAAAGGCUUUAGGGGACCAGAUCAUCUUUGUUAAUCGCCCUGAUAAGAAGAAAAUUCUUUUCUACAAUGACAAGAGCUGUCACUUUGCUGUGGAUGAAGAAUUCCAGAAGCUGUGGAGGAGCAUUCCCGUGGAUUCUAUGGACGAGGAGAAGAUAGAAGAGUAUCUGAAACGACAGGGUAUUUCUUCCAUGCAAGAAACCGGACCAAAGAAAAUAGCUCCCAUUCAGAGGAGGAAGAAACCUGCUUCUCAGAAGAAACGCCGGUUUAAGACUCACAAUGACCACUUGGUUGGAGUAUUAAAAGAUUACUCUGAUGUGGUUCCUGGCAAGCAGUGAGCGGUUGAAUUCUGGAGCAAACGCGCGUUUCUAGACGGGCUUUCUGCUGCUGGGGCUCGGUGUCUGCUCACAGGAGGACUGACUGUAUAUAAUAAUGUGAUGUGUUUCCCCCACCCCAGCAACUGCCGAGGUGAAACAGGUCAGUUUAAGAGCAAGUAUGAGCUACUAAAUUUAGAGGGUAAUUUAAUUAGCUGAUGGGAAACGUGUCUUCUUCGAGUAAGAGGUUCUCACUAGUUGCCUGUUGGCAUAGGGUGAUAAAUGGUGCUCAGCAUGUAAUGCAGGAAUUCCUGCUCAGUGCUUAACUCUGCUUUUACAAUGCUUAAUGGGUAUUUACCUGGAAUUACUUACAAGGGGCUUUCUAGUGGGAUUGAAUACAGCAUUUGUUUUACCUCUUUCAGGAAAACCUUUUCCUAAAAUCACUGCAGGCAAAGUUUCUUUCACAGUCAAAUACACCCGCGGUUCGUAUGCUUCUUCCUUGCCGUGGGACUGAACUUUACUGAAAGGCGGUGAUAUCUGAGACUCAAACUCAGAAAACCCCCUCUCCCGAAAUCCCAGCAGGCUGUGGGAAGGGAUGCAGCCAGAGCUUCCUAAUGUUAAUUAGGAAUUGCCCUUGGCCAUGUCUCCUCACUGUUGUGGGUACAAGUGCGUUGCACCUUCUGCUCUGUGCACAGGAGGGAAAUAAAAUGACGGUGUAAUACUGAAGUGUUUUUUUUCUUUGAAGUAAUAAAUUUACAAUGCAGGUU